UUCCCAUACCGUCACAGCUUUUACAUGCAGAAAUCAAUUGCGUGGUAUAUUGCCCCGCAAUGCCACAUCGAAAUAAUGAUUCUCAAAGCUCCUCUCGUUUUGAGCAAUGCGCGCAUGCUUUCUCAACCAGUCGUCAUCGCGCUAUGGCCAAAGCCGGUUGCGUUCAUUUCCACAGCUGAUCCCGUUAGUUGUUGUGCUGAAAUCAAGUUCGAAUUAUUCUAAGCUGACCCAAGUACUGCUACCUGAGAGACUUCAACGAUAGACCAGUUGUAGGAAAACUGCAUACGAAGUAAAGCUGACUGGAAUUGCAGAUCAAUUUUGCAACGAAAGUUCUAAAAUCGAAGUGAUGAGUGACGAAUGGAGUCUAUUAUCUCGAGUGACAACAUUGUUGGAAGAGCAUCAUAUUAUCAGACCAUGUGACGAACAACCGGUGGUUCGAUUCGAGUAUCCGGGCGACUUGAAACAAUUAAUAGACUUCACAAUAGAUAACCAGCAGCCACGCGAGCAAAGUGAAAUCGAACGGUUAAUCAAAGAUGUACUGCAUUACUCGGUUCAGACGGGUCAUAGUAAUUUCCACAAUCAACUUUUCGCCGGCGUUGACCCGUACGGUUUAGUCGGUAGUUGGAUUACCGACGCCUUGAACACGAGCCAAUACACGUUUGAGGUCGGUCCGGUAUUCACGUUGAUCGAGGAUGCCCUCAUUGAAAAAUGCUUACGGUUGUUCGGGUUCAUCGACGGCGAUGGAAUACUAGCUCCAGGAGGAUCUCUGUCCAAUAUGUAUGCCAUGGUUGCUGCCCGGUUCCGAACGUUACCGGACGUUAAACGUACUGGACUUAGCAAUCAACCCGUGCUAGUUGCUUUCACUUCCGAAGAAGCUCAUUACAGUAUAAAGAAGGCCGUCAACUGGUUGGGUAUAGGAAUUGACAAUCUCGUUCUCGUUCCAACGGAUGCCCGAGGAAAAAUGAUUCCCGAGGAGUUGGAAAAAUCUAUCCAGACUGUGUUGGGUUCAGGACGAAAGCCUUUCUUUGUUAAUGCGACCGGGGGAACCACCGUUCUCGGGGCAUUCGAUCCGUUUAACGCGAUCGCCGCCAUUUGCCAAAAAUACAAACUCUGGAUGCACGUAGAUUGCUGUCUAGGAGGCACCGCAAUUCUGUCGCCUAAUCACUCCCAUCUGUUGGCUGGUGUCGAACAAGCGGACUCAAUUUCCUGGAACCCUCACAAAACACUAGGAGCUCCAUUGCAAUGUUCAAUCUUUCUACUGAAGCAUAAAGGACUUCUCCAUCAGUGCAACGCUGCCAAUGCGGACUAUCUCUUUCAGCAGGAUAAGUUUUAUGAUGUAUCGUACGACACUGGAGAUAAGAGUGUUCAAUGUGGCAGGAAGGUAGAUGCUUUCAAGAUAUGGCUCAUGUUCAAGGCUCGCGGGACGAACGGCUUGGCCCAGUUGGUGGAUAAUGCUUUCGAUUGUUCACAUUACUUCACAGAACAGAUAAAAUCUCGGCAAGGUUUUCGGUUGGUUAUAGAAGAACAUCAGUACACUAACGUUAGUUUUUGGUAUAUACCAUCGAAUAUGCGAGUUGCCGAGAAUCAACAAGAUGCAUCCUGGUGGACUAGGAUUUAUGAAAUAACUGCACUGAUAAAGGAAAAUAUGGUUAAACGAGGAUCACUACUUAUUGGAUUUGUUCCACUGCCUAACAAAAAUAUUGGAAACUUUUUCCGCAUGGUGGUCACCUGUCACCCGCGACCAUCCCACGAGUCAAUGCUAUUCGUCAUUGAUGAGAUCGCCAGAGUAGGAGAGCUUAUUUGAAUAUUGGUUUUAUACAUGUACGUACUUAUUAGUGUAAAGCUGAAUAAAAUGAAAGAUUGACAU